AAAAAAAAAAAUAGUCCAUCGUCGUAGAUAGUUCUGUAUCAAAUUACUAAUUUCCAUGGCUUUUAUUGGAAUUCCGAUAUGUAUAGAGUGUGGAUCGACGGGAAACCCGUGCCGGUGCAAGGUGGUGGGGCCCACGCUCGGGUUUUUGGCCUUUGCCGUGGCUGCGGUGGUGGAAUGGCCGGUGGGGGCGGUGGUGUACUGCUUUCGCCGGGAGAAGGGCCGCCGCAUCAUGGGUCACCCUGCCACCGUGGUUUAUCCUUCGGUGAAGGACGCCAUUCCUAUUUGAUAUGAUGUCUCCUCCAAAGGAAGUGUAUUUGUUUGUUGUUUAAUUUAUUACUUCCUAUAAAUAGUAUUUGAAGAAUGAUGAAUUGCUAUAUUAGGCUGGACAUCCGCGAAAAUAUUUAUUUUUCAUUUUACG